AUGGCAACACCACCCCAACCCCCCGGCGAGAAGACGACGCUCUUCACCGUGCCCGUCCCAGCAUGUGACAGCCACCCAGGCGGCACCGUGACCGUCACCGAGCCUUUACCACAGCACUACCUCGUCACCAUCACCUCACCCCCAGACAACCGUCUCACCACAGCCCUGUGCACCGCCCUCCUCCGCGCCCUCGACCUGGUCGAGCUGUCGGGCCUGCCGCCGGGCGUCGUGAUCACGACUUCGGGCCUCCCCAAGUUCUACUCCAACGGCCUCGACCUCCCGCACGCCGUGGCGCACGGCGACGCCUACUGGACCGGCUCGCUGUGGAAGCUCUACCGCCGCCUCCUGACCUACCCCAUGCCGACCGUCGCCUGGGUCGGCGGACACGCCUUUGCCGGCGGCCUCAUGCUCGCCAUGCACCACGACUACCGCGUCAUGAACCCCAACCGCGGCUUCGCCUGCCUCAACGAGCUCGAGUUCGGCGCCCCGCUCAAGCCCGCCAUGAGCGCCAUCUUCCGCGUCAAGGUCCCCAGCCCCCACGUCUACCGCGAGAUGGUCCUCGAGGCGAGGCGCUUCGGCGGCGCCGAGGCCGCGGCCAAGGGCAUCGUGGAUGUCGCCGGCGGGUGGGACGAGGUCGUCGCGCUGGUUAAAGACAGGGCGCUGACCACGAGGGGCAAGACCGGCGUGUACGGCCUGUUGAAGAUGGAAAUGUACCGCGAGUGUGUGGAUCUGCUGGAGAAUCAUGGCCGGGAGGAGGCCAAGGAUCGGGCUUGGGUUGCGGCUGAGGAGGCGAGGGUGAAGAAGGGAAAGGAGGAGGUGGAGGCGUGGGUGAGGGCGGCGGAGAAGGCGAAGCUGUAG